AAUAUUAAACGAAUACUUUUAUGUUAAAAAUUUGUGCAACGUUGUGAAGAACGUUCUGUUCGCGUAUUGGCAAUGAAUAAUAAUACCGGACAGAGUGAAAAAACAAACUUCAAAUACCUAUAUCGAAGUUGAAUGAAAAUUAUUCAUACAUACAUACAUAAGUGCAUAGUGCUUGUCGUGGUCGAACAAUUUAGAUAUGAUCCACACCUUUUGCGAUUAAAAGAAAGUAGUGGUUGUGCCCCAUCGUCAGCAACAAGGAAAAAGCAACAGCAUAAACAAUUCGCAUUUCAAUCACUUAUUUUCUGUGAAAUCUAACCUGCAUAAAGUCCUGCAAAUAUGGCGACCAGUGAUGAUGAGCCGAUGCACUUGUAUGAAGUGUUUCAGAAUUGUUUCAAUAAAAUAGCAAACAAACAAACUACGGGUGCAGUAGGAACUGAACGUAGUGGCGGAUACAGUUCAUCAUAUGGAGGUCUUGGGGUAGAAAAUGGAAUUUAUCCAACUGAUUUUAAUUCCAUUCAUGAAGGAAACGGCAACAAUAAUCGAUUUGCAAAUACAUCAACGGUCGAUCAGUAUUUUGAUUCUGCUGCGUCUGGUAGCACUGGAUGGUAUCAAUCGCAAAUGGGAAGCGGCGCCAGUUACAUGGGCCAAGCUACGUAUCAAAACAGCACUCCAAUACCAUCUCAUGCUAUGGACCCCCAGCAAGUUCAUACCGCUGAUGGACUGCCGCCUGGAACGCAUAUUGGAAUGCAACUUAGUAGCGAAAGUAAUCAUGUCGCCAUGAUAAGUCCGGUGUCAACGUCUCUUCCACCUAUGAGUUCAUUCAGAGGUAGUGGUGGCAAUUUACCGAGCAUCGGUGGCCAAGGGCCAUCAUCAACGGUGAACUCUUCAGCUAUUUAUAACCCACCCCAAGGACAUAAUCAAACCACAGUACAAUCACAGCAUAAUGCACUAUCGACGGCUGGGCCGCAUGGUCACCAUUCUCUUAACCAUACCACGCUUCCUCAUGCUCAUUCCCAUCACAGUCAGCAACAGAGUCCUGCUGUGCAGAAUACGGAUGCCUUUGGUGGAAUAAGUGUUGGCGCCGGUGUGAAAGUGGCAGGAUCUAGUAAUCCUUCGGCCACAAUACUGCGCCAGCAAAUGUACAUGACGACUAGUGCAACUGAUCAAAGUAUUAGUAGCUUUAGCUCAAACCCCUCAACGCCCGUUAAUUCCCCACCGCCGUUAACUCAAACAGGAAUUGGGGAUGCAGCUGUUUCUGCAGGUGGAGGUUGGGGUCAAAGCGUGUUAAAUGGUAGUGCCACUUCAAACUACGCAACCGAUUUGGUGCCUGUAUCUAGUUUACAUGCUAUGGCCUCUGUUUAUCAGGGAACUCGCAUGGAGGAACGCUUAGAUGAUGCUCUGAAUGUGCUUAGAAAUCAUUGUGAGCCAGAAAUAUUGGCAAACGUUAACUCAUCUCUCACAUCAAUGGACAAUAUUGACACGUUAUCUUCCUUUGUGCCGAAUUCGCCUUCAUCAAAUUUAAUAAGUUCUGCAGGAAGCAGUGCGGCACCUGUGGCAACGUCAUCUAAUACACUUGCGCAUGACGUUCUAUCAAUGGGUACAUCUGGUACCCCUGUCCAAGCAGUCGGUAAUGCAGGUUUGCCGACUAUAAAAAUGGAACGAAAUGCAUCUACUUCAACAACUUCAGUAAAGCAAACUAAGAAACGGAAAGAUCACACGACUGUCAGUGGUGUUGCACCAGCAGGGAUAUCCACAACUUCAUCACUGGCUAACUUAGAUAAUGCAGAUACAAAACCCACAAGCUCAGUAGAAUCUUCAAAUGCCAACCAACUGCAACAACUACCGCAGGGCGCCAAGGCUGUAAAACGACCACGCCGCUAUUGCUCCUCUGCAGAUGACGAUGAUGAUGCCGAACCAGCGGUUAAAGCGAUUCGUGAAAAGGAACGACGCCAGGCUAACAACGCCCGUGAACGCAUUCGAAUUCGUGAUAUUAAUGAAGCGUUGAAAGAACUGGGUCGUAUGUGCAUGACCCAUCUAAAAUCGGAUAAACCCCAAACUAAAUUGGGCAUCCUUAAUAUGGCUGUUGAGGUAAUUAUGACCCUAGAGCAGCAGGUGCGUGAAAGAAACCUAAAUCCAAAGGCUGCAUGCUUAAAACGGCGGGAAGAAGAAAAAGCGGAAGAUGGACCAAAACUAAAUGUUCAACAUCACAUGAUACCGCAGCCGCCAGCAGGAGUUGCUAGCUCUUACCACAAUCAACCUGCACAAAUUAUACAGCCGCAGGUCAUAAGUAACAUUUCUUUGCCAGCUAGCCAGAGCAGUAACACAUUGCCACCGCACUUGCAGCAGCAACAACACCACCUCGGACACUCUCAACACCCACAAUAGCAUGCACAUUGCAGCGGCCCAAAAUCGCCCCUAUCUUCCAUAACAACUCAAAUUAGGCAAGACUCUAAAAAGUACUCAUCGACCUAUGGGCUCGAGCAUCAGCUGUUAACCAAUUUUUUCAGGCGUUGUCACUCGCAACCAAACCUUCAGGCAACGUCGUUGCGCAGUACACACCAGCAACACCAGUUCUAAUGCGUUGCCCGGCUCUCAAUCCGAUAUCUUAGUAUUUUAAAAUGUAUGGAAAAUUAAUUUCCAAUAGCAAUUGUACAUAACCGUUUAAUCAAAUUUACUCCUGCCCUUCGCGACCAUGGAGGAGAGGUUAUAUUUUAAGAUUUGCUUUAGAUUUUUAUGAAUAUUUGAGGAUUUGAAGUCGUUGAAAAUCACAAUAGCCAUAUUAUAAAAUAUGUAAUAAUUA